CCCCUGCGCAGGCGCACUGGGCGGCCGGUGGGAGCAGGAGGCGUGGACGCAGCAGCCGGGCGCCGGGGCGCCGGGGCUCAGACGGGGCGCGCGCGCAUGGCCCGGCCCCCGCCUCCCGCGCUCGUGCUCGCGCUGCUGAUGCUCCUGGCCCGCGCGGUGGGGUGCGAGGAGGCGGCCGCGACCACCGACUGGAGAGCCACGCUGAAGACCAUCCGCAACGGCGUGCACAAGAUCGACACGUACCUGAACGCCGCGCUGGACCUGCUGGGCGGCGAGGACGGGCUGUGCCAGUACCGCUGCCGCGACGGAUCGAAGCCUUUUCCACGCUAUGGGUAUAAACCCUCCCCGCCGAAUGGGUGUGGCUCUCCACUGUUCGGUGUUCACCUGAACGUCGGCAUCCCUUCUCUGACCAAGUGCUGCAACCAGCACGAUCGGUGCUACGAGACCUGUGGUGAGAGCAAGAACGACUGUGACGAGGAGUUCCACUUCUGCCUGUCCAAGAUCUGCCGGGGUGUGCAGAAGACGCUGGGCCUGGCUCAGAACGUGCAGGCCUGUGAGUCAGUGGUGGAGCUCCUGUUCGAUAGUGUCAUCCAUCUGGGCUGCAAACCAUACCUGGACAGCCAGCGAGCCGCCUGUUGGUGUCACUAUGAGGAGAAGACCGAUCUCUAAGAAGAACCGACAGCUGGGGACUGGCGAGGACGGAGGAUUUCACUUUUGCCGGAGAACUGAUGUUGUCACAGCAUAAAGCUGCCUGGUUUUUGGUGAAGGGUUCAUUUUAAGACCUAACAAGACUGUAUUUUGAUGUUAAAACCUGUAAAUAAAAACACACACAUAAAGAAAACAGCUGGGUAUGGUGGCACAUGCCUGUAAUCCCAACACUCGGGGGGCUGA